AUGACGGCCGACAAUCCCCAAAGCUUAGGCUCGCGGGCCCAUCAGCGCAUGUCGCGUAUUAAUCGCCGUAUUUCUGUUCUACCUGUUCCCACUGUCUCCAACUUUUCUAAACGAAUCCAUGGUAUAACCUGGCAAGCAUAUCCGGUCGGUCUGGGUAAGUUCAUGCCGAUUUCUCAUCGAACUCACCAGCUGCUGAUAAUGGUUUGUUUCAGUCGUUCAAGCGGUCCUAUAUCCCAGGCAGUUCAAAAGGGUAGCGCUCGAUCCAAACAAGAACUCCUUUAUACCAACCUGCGUACUAGUUUUUGCAACCAUUAUCGUUGGAACUGUCAACUAUGUCCAUUGGACAUUGUUUCGGGAAAAUUUAUUUUUUGUGACCGAGUAGGAAUAACGGCCGAUGAGCUCAUUGUUUUCUUUUGGAUCUAUGUGACAGUGGCGAUCAUUGUUGCGUUUACUGUUCUGACCAUAUGGUUUUCUUCGCCGAGAAAUCCGACCGCUGCUAUGACUCCUGCCUGGGCAUUCCCUGUGUUCCCAUUGCUUUUGACGGGGGUUGUCACUUUUAACGUACUUCGUAUCGUGCCAUUGACGGAUCCGAGGGCUGUGUCAAUUUUUGUGACUGGUCUGUUCAUGUUUGGGGCUGGCGCUUUCAUGUGCAUCUUUUACUUGGCAAUCUUCCUCCUCCGGAUCAUGACGACUGGGUUUCUGGACGGCCAUCAGGCAAACGGAGCUUUUAUCGCUGCCGGACCACCCGUGCGUCCUUCAUUCUGUUCAUCGCAUUGGAGUUAUACUAAUUUGGACGGCUCUGUUUAUCUUAUCUCAUACUAUCAUCGAUUCUUGCAGGGAUUUUCCGCCCUCGUACUUUUCAAUAUGGGCAAAAUUGCCUCGAAGCUUUUCCCGAUCCAUUCUUUGAUAUCACCAAACGCUGGCGAAAUCGUUUUUGGUGAGCUCCUCUGUCUUUCGCAGGUGAUUUUUUUUUCCAGCGAAGACCAAAAUUAA